CAAUCACGUUUUUAGUGUUCACGCUCCACCUCAUUUCUUUUCCUUCCGUUUCGUUUUUUAAACGCAUGAUAUGAUCCAUCCAGAUUAUAUAAAUGCUGGCUGGCAUUCACGUUUAUCUCAGUUCCUGAAAAUCCCGAGCACUGAUGCGACUUGGAGGAGAUCUAUAUAAACGCUUAUAGAUAGAGCAGAGACGUACACAGACACGUAUCCCGAAGGAGAAGAAGAGACAUGGACGCGGUAAAGGGGAGUGCCGGAGUGAAGAUAAAGAUCGGAGUGUGCGUAAUGGAAAAGAAGGUGAAAUGCGGCUCAGAGGUUUUCUCUGCUCCAAUGGGGCACAUUCUGGACAGAUUACAGUCAUUCGGCGAAUUUGAGGUUCUGCACUUUGGUGACAAUGUUAUCCUUGAGAGUCCAAUUGAGAGCUGGCCAAUCUGCGAUUGUUUGAUUGCCUUCCAUUCUACUGGUUAUCCUCUGAAGAAGGCUGAAGCAUAUGCUGCAUUAAGAAAGCCUUUCCUUGUAAAUGAAUUGGAGCUACAACAUCUUCUCCAUGAUCGAAGGAAAGUGUACGAGCGUCUUGAGAUGUGUGGAAUUCCAGUCCCAAGGUAUGCUUGUGUAAAUAGGGAAGUACCCUAUCAAGAGCUAGAUUAUUUCGUUGAGGAAGAGGAUUUUGUUGAAGUUCACGGGAAUCGCUUCUGGAAACCUUUUGUCGAGAAACCUGUUGAUGCUGAUGACCACAGUAUAAUGAUAUACUAUCCCAGCUCAGCUGGGGGAGGAAUGAAAGAAUUAUUCAGGAAGGUCGGUAACCGCUCAAGUAAGUUCCAUCCAGAGGUUCGAAGUGUCAGGCGUGAGGGCUCCUAUAUUUAUGAGGAAUUCAUGCCUACAGGAGGAACAGAUGUUAAGGUUUAUACUGUUGGCCCCGAGUAUGCACAUGCAGAGGCAAGAAAAUCCCCCGUUGUUGAUGGUGUUGUAAUGAGGAAUCCCGACGGAAAAGAGAUCAGAUAUCCUGUUCUUCUUACCCCUACUGAGAAGCUGAUGGCAAGAGAAGUUUGUAUUGCCUUUAAGCAGGCUGUUUGUGGAUUUGAUCUCUUGCGUAGCAAUGGGCGUUCAUAUGUCUGUGAUGUCAAUGGGUGGAGCUUUGUGAAGAAUUCCUACAAGUAUUAUUACUCUAAGAGAUGUUUGUAGUUGUCCUUCAUGACAUUUGGAACUCCAAAUUACAUCACAUGAUGAAAUAAACUAUGUUUUUUAAGUCCUUCAUAUAAGUAUUUGUCCAAAACAAAUACUUAUAAGAUGGAAAGAAAUGGUGACUUGAAUAAUUCACGCAUGCAUUAGGUUGAAGGAUAUGCUAGUAGUAAUUGCUUCUUUUGUCUGCGUGUACAUGUAGAUGAUCAUUGACUUGCUGUUAGUGCUAGCUGCAUUAUACUAUGAUGACGCUGCUUGUGUGUUGAGAAAAAUGUUUCUAAAUGCAAAAGCCCCACAUCUUUCAUCAACUAAUCCACCAACAUUGCCAUGCACAUCUAAUGAACCAAUUCAGCCUUCGGAAGGUUUAACACGCCAAGGGAGUGGACUUAUUGGCACAUUUGGGGAAUCUGAAGAGCUACGCUGUGUAAUUGCAGUAAUUCGACAUGGUGAUAGAACUCCAAAGCAGAAAGUGAAGUUGAAGGUUACUGAGGAAAAGCUGUUGAAUUUGUUGUUGAAAUACAAUGGAGGAAAACCUAGAUCUGAGACAAAGCUUAAGAGUGCUGUUCAGCUACAAGACCUCUUGGAUGCCACAAGAGCACUGGUGCCACAAGCUAGACCUGGUCAGGAAAGUGAUAGUGAAGCAGAAGACCUAGUUCAUGUAGAAAAACUUCGCCAAGUCAAAGCUGUACUCGAGGAGGGGGGGCAUUUUUCGGGCAUUUAUAGGAAAGUUCAAUUAAAGCCGCUAAAGUGGGCUAAAGUUGCAAAACCUAAUGGUGAAGGUGAAGAAGAGAAACCUGUGGAAGCUCUUAUGGUCCUUAAAUAUGGUGGUGUUCUUACUCAUGCUGGCAGAAAGCAGGCUGAAGAGCUGGGAAGAUAUUUUAGGAAUCAUGUCUAUCCUGGUGAAGGUACAGGCUUGCUUCGUCUCCACAGUACUUACCGCCAUGAUCUUAAAAUAUACAGCUCGGAUGAAGGGCGUGUGCAGAUGUCAGCUGCUGCUUUUGCCAAAGGACUUCUAGACCUGGAAGGGGAGCUGACACCCAUACUUGUCUCCCUGGUUAGCAAGGAUGCUUCUAUGUUGGAUGGACUUGAAAAUGCCAGUAUUGAGAUGGAAAAAGCAAAGGCUAAAUUGAAUGAAAUUAUAACUUCUGGAUUAACAAAAGUUCAUAGUAACGGAUCAUCAGAGAAGCCCUGGAUGGUUGAUGGAGCCGGAGUCACUUCAAAUGCAUCUGAGUUUCUCCCAAAAUUGGUGAAAUUGACUAAAAAAGUGGCGGAACAAGUUUGGGUUCUUGCAAAGGAUGAAGCUGAGGAACUCUCUGAGACAAGCUCGUGUGAUGUUAUUCCCCCAUAUGAUCAAGCUAAGGCACUUGGUAAAACAAACAUAGAUGUUGAUCGCAUUGCUGCUGGUUUACCAUGUGGCAGUGAGGGAUUCCUUCUAAUGUAUGCAAGGUGGAGAAAACUUGAAAGGGAAUUGUAUAACGAACGCAAAGAACGCUUUGACAUCACGCAGAUUCCAGAUGUGUAUGAUUCAAGCAAGUAUGACCUUUUGCAUAACUCACAUCUAAAACUUGAAGGGUUACAUGAACUUUUCGGGGUUGCAAAGUUACUUGCAGAUGGUGUUGUUCCUAAUGAAUAUGGGAUAAAUCCACAACAAAAGCUAAAGAUUGGCUCAAAGAUUGCUCGCCGCUUGUUAGGGAAGCUUUUGAUUGAUUUGAGGAAUACACGCGAAGAGGCGAUUAGUGUAGCUGAGUUGAAGAGAAAUGAGGACCAUGAUCCAGUAAUUGGUAAGGAAACUGCAGAUUAUCAUCUGAAGCCUCGUGCAAAAACUGAAGACCCAAGAAAAUCAGGCUUCACCAGUGAAAAAUCGAUAGAUCAGGAUGAGGAUGAUGAUAAAGAGACUAAGUAUCGCUUGGACCCAAAAUACGCAAAUGUGAGAACACCCGAGAGGCACGUAAGGACACGACUUUACUUUACAUCGGAAUCCCAUAUUCAUUCCUUGAUGAAUGUCAUCCGUUACUGCAAUUUGGAUGAAUCUCUUCAAGGAGAAGGAAGCCUUGUUAGUGACAAUGCCUUGGAGAAAUUAUUUGGAACAAAGGAGCUUGACUAUAUGAGCUACAUUGUUUUAAGAAUGUUUGAAAACACGGAGUUGGCACUAGAAGACCCUAAGAGGUAUCGUAUAGAAAUGACUUUCAGCCGUGGAGCAGAUAUAUCAUCUUUGGAGGAAAACGAUGUAGAGGCUGCUAGUACAUGGCAUCAGGAACACAAAUUGCCAAUAAUGGGAGCUGAGAGGCUUCAAGAAAUGGAGUCAUAUCUAACGUUGGAGAAGUUGGAGAAGAUGAUGCUGCCAUUUGCAAUGCCAGCCGAGGAUUUCCCCCCGCCAUCAACACCACAAGGAUUUUCAGGCUACUUCUUGAGAAGUGCUGCUGUGCUAGAGCGAUUAGUAAAUCUUUGGCCCUUUCAUAAACAUGGGAACAGUAAAUGAAAACAAAGUGCAGGCUAUUUUUUGAAAAUAAUAGGACCUGAAUCUACUAACACAUCAGAAGUUGUAGAAGAUGAUGAUGCGUCCAUUUGUCAACAGGAAAAUUCCAUUUUAAUUCUCUCAGCGGUUUAGUAGACUGUUUUGUUCAACUUCAGAUCCAUCAUUGAUUCAUGAUUUCAUGUACUUUGGAAGUUGAAAAGGAUGAAAUAGUGUUCACCCCUGCCUUGAUAAAUUUGUUUGUAUAUGUUUCUGAUCUACCUAUAUAGAAAGGUUCCAUCACAAUAGAAACUUAUAUUGACUUCGUUUGUUUUUUGGAGGUUUCGCUCCAAACCGCUGCUUUUUGCAGCGGUUCACGUUGUAAAUAGUUGGCGGUUUGGGCAAAUCCGCCAAUAUCCAAACAGGGCCAUUGUCUCAAUUGUUUGUUGGAUACGUUGCAUUGUAGCCAUUGUGGGGGUGGCUAAAAGUCGUUAGGGCAAGAUGUGUUACCAGGGCAUUUUCGCUGGUUCAUUUCACAUCUCUCAAACGUAUCUUCUUUUUUAUUCCUAAGCAUAAAUUUCUGCCAUAUUUGGUGAAUGCCUUCAUUUUCUCAGGUUUUUUUUUUUCCCAAAAAGUGAAGCUUUCAAGGAGGAAAGUGAUUAUACAAAAAAUGUCCCAUACCAAAUCCUCCUAUCCUUGCUUAAACACUUUUUGAAAAUCCCCAAAAAUCUUCUCAUUUGUUUUAAUGUAAAGAACUGUGUUGUUUCCUUCCCUUUUUGAGAAAUGUCAAUAACAUGUCAAAUUGCAUUUUGAUUUUUUUUUACCAGAUACUACCUCCGUAACUUAAAAAUCUUCCCAUUUCAAAAGUAGGUAG